UCAAGUCACUUCCCCAUUAUUAAAAUCCUCACUCUCUGCAUGUAAAAAGAUGCUCUCUGUUUUCAGAAAAUUUCAUUUCAGCCCCUCUCUUCACUCCUCAAAAGCCCCCACUCUUCUCUUUCAAACUCAUUUCUUUCUUUAUCUUUCUCGCUGUUCCUCGUCAAGAAACCUCUCUCUAUCUAAAACACACCACCCAUCUUUCAACAACAACAACAACGAAACUCUCUGGUUUUGAAGAUUUUAUAUACAUUUUCUAAAAUGGAAGUGCCAGAGUUCUUCGUGGGCGGUUACUUCGGAGCCGGAGCUGGAGACUUCGCGACGGAGAAGAGGCACUCGGAGCAGAAGCCCGGAGAACACUUCGCCAUUGACGACCUCCUCGACUUCUCUAACGACGACGCCAUGGUCACAGACGGCUUCUUCGACAAUGUCGCCGGAAAAUCGACGGACUCCACCGUCACCGCCGUCGAAAGCUGUAACUCCUCCGUUUCCGGCGGCGAACAACAGUUCUCCGGAAACCGCAGCUUCUCCGAGUUUUCUGGCGACCUCUGUGUUCCGUACGACGACUUGGCGGAGCUAGAAUGGCUAUCGAACUUUGUGGACGAAUCAUUCUCUGCCGGAAAAGAUUUCCAACCUCUACAGUUCCUCUCGGGGAGCUCAGCGGCGGCCACCGCCGGAAAGCCUCUCACUCCCGAAACGUCGUCGUCUUCGGAAACGGUCACCACCGACACCGCGCGAAACGCGGCGUUUUUCCAGCACGAGACUCCCCUCCCCGGCAAGGCCCGGAGCAAGCGCUCACGCGCUGCCCCCGGCGACUGGACCACGCGCCUGCUCCAUCUCGUCACCCCCGACGGUGGAGAAGCCAAGCCGGUAAAAACGACGCCGUCUAAGAAGGAGGGCUCGAACUCCAAUGCGGGCUCGGACUCUUCAGGCCGAAAGUGCUUCCACUGUGCCGCCGAGAAGACCCCUCAGUGGCGGACUGGGCCCAUGGGCCCCAAAACGCUUUGUAAUGCUUGUGGGGUCCGUUACAAAUCGGGUCGGCUCGUGCCCGAGUACCGGCCCGCCGCGAGCCCGACUUUUAUGUCUGCUAAGCACUCGAAUUCGCAUAGGAAGGUUUUGGAGCUCCGACGGCAGAAGGAGCUCCAGAAAACACAGCAGCAUCAAUUCCUUAGUCAAAGUUCCGUUUUUGGCGUAUCCAACGGCGGUGAUGACUUCUUGAUCCAUUAUCGUAGUGGGCCCGAUUUUCGGCAUUUGAUCUAGUGAAUGCUAGAGUAGGCAAAAGAAAAUGUUCAAAAAAAAAAAAAAAAAAAAUCAUUUAACUUGGACUCUCUAGCUUUUGCCAAUUUUGGUCUUGAAAAGCAAAAUUGAAUUUGUAGUUGCUAUUUUGGUUGUUAAGUAAAAAACGUGUAGAAUUAAGAUGGAAAACAGAAGGGGCAGUAAAAGAGAGAAAUUUGGUGAUAGGCUAUGUAAUGUACUUUUUACCUCUACUUUUUGCCGAAUUUGGCAAAUUGAGAACCAAUUUUAUAUCUU